UGACAUAAAUUGAGACUUCUAAAAAAAUAACCUGCGAGUGCAAAGCAAAAAGCCUAGUUGUAAAGUUAAAACUUUAAAUUUUAUUAAAAUCUGUGCCUUGUAUUUAAUUAAGUAUAGUGUUAAAUAUUUAAAUCAUACAUAUAACGUGCAAUAAUAUAAAUAGAAUACUUAGUGCAAAAUGUCUCAUUUAGUAGUAACGGAUAAAUACAUUGCAGUAGCUAAAGAACUUCAUGUGGAUUUUUAUGACUAUUCAACCCAUAAAACUAUUGACAUUCCACUGACGCCCAAGCAGUCCGAGAAGGAUUAUAUAUCCGAUAUUUCAAUUUCUAGUGAUUCCAGCCACUUAGCACUUGUAACAGCUACGUCAAAGCAACUAAUUGUAUAUGAUUUGCUUCAACUAGAACGUGAGCAAACGUUUAUUGUACCCAGAAGUGCUAGCAGGAUAAGGUUCACAGUAGAUAAUACGCACAUAUUAUUGGCUGACAAAAGUGGUGAUGUGCUGAUUUACGACAUAAAAAAGGAGAAUUCUGGAACUAAACUUCUGGGCCACUUGAGUUUGUUAUUGGAUGUUAUCCAAUCAAAUGAUACUAAAUCUAUCAUUUCAUGUGAUAGAGACGAAAAAAUCAGAGUAUCUUGCUACCCCAAUACAUAUAACAUCCAAACAUAUUGCUUAGGCCACAAAGAAUUUGUGAAUCACAUAGAAUUUCUGCCACACAAUGACAAAUUCUUGACAAGUUCCUCAGGAGAUGGUACUAUAAAAAUCUGGGACUUCAAUGAAGGCAGAUUGAUUCACACAAUGGAUACAUCAAAUGAUGUAAAUGAUAAUCAAUUGAGGCAAAACUUUAUUAAUGUAAUGGAUGAAGGUGGUAUUGAAGUAAAUACCUUGCCAAUCGUGCAUUACACUGCGUCUAAGCUUAAUGACAAUAUGAGUAUACUGGCUGCAACCGUGCACACAUAUAAUUCAGUUCUUAUUUACUCGGUAAAUAUGAUUGACAAUCAAUGUAGUCACAAGUUAGAAGAGAAAUUAAAAUUGCCACGGUUUCCAAGUGCAAUGAAACUACACAAUAACACACUUUUUGUUUAUGAUGACACAGAGAGCAGCAUCAUUGUAUAUGAAUUAGAAGAGAGUGAUGGAAAAGUUUCUAUCAAAGAAAAAAACAGAAUAAAAAUGUUUGACAACAAAAAUAUUGACUCAGAAACUGAAGAAAGUCAAUUAGAGUCCAUCAAAGUAUUGUACAAAAGAAAGUUUGACAAUGUUCAAGAGUAUCAAGAAAGAAAGAAACAAAGGCUAGAGAAAGCAUCAAAAUAAUCUUUGUUGACAAUUUGUUUUAUAAGUAUUACAUUGUUAACACUCAAUAAAUACAUGUUAUUCAAA